AUGGAUGACCGACCUGCCAAGCGGUUGAAAGUUGCAUCAAGUGAUGCCCAUCACCAAGAGCCGACCGGCCCUACAAUCGACUGCUCAGACGAUCCGACAAACCCAAGUUCAAGCAGAAGUGGCAGGUCCCUGGCGUCACUUACCAGGUCUAUAACGCCGCCUCCACGGCCACGUUCUCGUUUGCCAUCCCAGUCACAGCAGAGUUCUGUGACUGGUGUAUCAACUCAUCAAGCUGGUGAUCAAAAUGUCCCAAAAUUAAUAUCGUCGCCCAUUCAGCUCACUAAUAUCCGUGAUCUGCCCGCAUCUUCCGGCAACAAUGUGGACACGAUCAGGCUGCGGGAUAUCCUGGGGGAUCCUAUGAUUCGCGAAUGCUGGCAGUUCAAUUUCUUACAUGAUGUCGAUUUUAUUAUGAGCCAGUUCGAUGAGGAUGUUAGAGCUUUGGUGCAGGUGAAGAUUGUACAUGGAUCGUGGAAAAAGGAGGCUCCCAAUCGUAUUCGAAUCGAUGAACAAUGUGCACGGUAUCCGAAUGUGGAAGCUAUAACAGCUUACAUGCCAGAGCCAUUUGGCACACAUCAUUCCAAGAUGAUGGUUAUUCUACGGCAUGAUGAUCUGGCACAGGUCAUCAUACACACAGCGAACAUGAUCCCCGGGGAUUGGGCCAAUAUGUGUCAAGCUGUCUGGCGCUCCCCAUUGUUACCGCUGUCGAAUACAAGCAAAUCUGCAGAACCAGCUUCUUCAAUAGUUGGUUCUGGUGCAAGAUUCAAAAGAGACCUUCUUUCUUACCUUGGCGCUUAUGGGAGCAAAAAGACCGGCCAGCUCGUCAAGCAGCUGGAAAAGCACGAUUUCGGCGCUGUGCGAGCUGCAUUAAUUGCAAGUAUACCUUCGAAACAGAAAGUCAAUGAUAUGGACUCCAAAAAGGCAUCACUUUGGGGAUGGCCUGCACUGAAGGACACUUUGCGGAAUGUCCCUCUUCUGCAAGAGAAGAGCACCCCGGGGAGUAGUAAGAAACCUCAUAUUAUCAUCCAAAUAUCAUCUAUAGCAUCUCUCGGGCAGACAGAUAAGUGGCUAAAAGAAACGUUUUUCGAGUCCCUAUGUCCUUCGGCUCUUAACCGUCCGAAAUUCUCCAUCAUCUUUCCGACACCAGAUGAAAUCCGAAGAUCCCUCAAUGGGUAUGGCUCAGGAGGCUCGAUCCACAUGAAGCUCCAGAGCGCCGCACAGCAGCGACAGCUGCAGUACAUGCGUCCGUACCUCUGCCACUGGGCUGGGGACAGAGAGGACCCAAUUAGCGAUAGGAUGGGCGGCGGUACUAAUGCCGUGAAAUGUGAAGCAGGCCGCCGCAGAGCUGCACCUCAUAUCAAGACCUAUGUGCGAUUUUCCGAUGCAGCAAGCAUGGAUCGAAUCGACUGGGCCAUGGUGACAUCCGCUAACCUGUCUACUCAGGCUUGGGGCGCUGCUCCUAAUGCGAACGGGGAAGUCCGCAUCUGUAGCUGGGAAAUAGGCGUUAUGGUAUGGCCAGAGCUUUUCGCUGGAAGUGAGAAUGAAGGGAGGGUGGAGAUGGUCCCUUGUUUCAAACGGAAUACCCCGUCAUCCGAUCUUAUUCAAACGCUAGAAGGUCGAGACUCGACCGUUCCGUCCGCUAUUGUCGGAUUCAGGAUGCCCUACGAUCUGCCCUUGACUCCUUAUUCUGCCACUGAUAUACCAUGGUGUGCGACUUCAAGCCAUUCCGAGCCCGACUGGCUUGGGCAGACCUGGGAGGGGUAA